AUGGUCCUGCUGUGCGCGCUAGACCUCGCCCUGAAGCGCACCGCGACGGUGACGGUGGAGGCCACCGUCUUCGCGCAGGUCUUGGAGCGCGGGCCGCUCCUGGAGGCGCUCGGGCGGUUCCCCGAGCAGCUCCUGGCCAUCCGGCGGCUGGCGGCCAGUAGGAUCGAGGAGCAGUGCCUGGCGCCGAGGUCGGUCGCAGGCGUGGAGCUCUUCCGCGACGCGCCGGCGGAAUUCGUCGAUUUCGUCGACAGCCACACCCGGCACUGGACCUUCUUUCACGACGAUGCCGUCUUGGAGGAGGGAGCGGAGGGGAACCACCUCAUCGUCCUGCUGGGCGGUCGCUUGCAGGUGGAGAAGGAUGGAAAGGUAUUGGCGUCUUUGGCCCAGGGAAGCGUGCUCGGAGAGCUGGCGGCGCUCGGCUUCACGGAGAGGCGCUCCGCGACGGCACGCUGCAUCGGCCCCUGCCAGGUUUCGCACCAUCAGCGGAUGAUGCUUGGCGAUGGCGCUCGUGUGGAGACCGUCAAGUCGCGUUCGCCGUGGUAA